AAAGUCCGCAGCGUGAUGAUCAUGAUGGAGGAGCAGGCGCAGCCCUUCAGCACCAGCUCUCCGGACGAACUCCUGCGUCCUUCCCAGACGUCCCCGUAGCGCAUCGAGCGCCGCCGGCUGUGCGCCGCACCUUUGGGCGUCUGAAGGAUUUAGUUAAAUCGGUGCUGCUGAUCUGACGGCGGCCGCUAUUGGUGGCUCUACCUGUCACUGUCAAAAGGCGAGGAUAAGCCAAUUAGGCGUUUUAAAGGCGAGAAGCUAAGAAUAGUCAGAAGUUUUCGAUCCUCAAUAGAGCAGAAGAAGGGGCCAGCAUGUGAACUUCAUGUCAGUGAUGGACACCUGGAACACUGAGGACAUCAAAACAGCAAUGCGAUGAUCACAAGGAUGAUCCUGGACCCGUGUUUGGAGCACUGAACAUAAAACAGCAGGAUGAGCAGCACAUUUGUGACUUUAGCUGAAGUUCUGGAGGCACGAGGGGGCCCCCUGCUGGAGGAGGAGGUGUGGUCCCUGCUGUUGGGCACUGCAGAGUCCUUAGUGGAUGUAUCCUAUAAGGGUCACAACAAUAUGUGCAAUAUCAUAAGCCCCACCUCCUUGCUGCUGUCAGCCGCUGGUACUUUAGCUUUUAAGAACUGUGGCCUAUCAGAUGAGGUGUCUACCUUCACCGCGCCGGAGAUGUUGCAGGGCCGUGCCAGCUCAACCAAACCUGCCACGGAGAGGAUGCUGGUGUACUCACUGGGUAUGACUCUGUACUGGUCAGUGGAUUUUCAUCUACCUCAAAAUCAGCCAGUCCAGCUGAGUGACCAUUUAAACAGCCUCCUCCUCAGCAUGUGUGAAGAUUUGGCCCACCGCAGAGUAAAUCUCUCCUCUAUCCUAGAAGCCUGUGAAUGUCAGCAUAAAGCCUCCAUCCUGCCGACUCCCGCAAAAGUCAUCAGGCAGCUGGUGGAGGAGGUUUUUCAUGAAUCGAUGGAGCAUGGCUCUCUACCAGACAACAAUGUUCCUCUUAGUGGGAGGAGCCAGAUGAUCAGAGAGAGGCUGCAUGGAAAGCGAGGUCCAUUACCAGACUUCAGUGAUGAAGGGAGAAGAUACUCAACUGACUCUGACUCAAAGUCAGGCAGUGUAUCUCAAAGACCUUGGAGACAGAGACCAAGGAGCUCUCCCACAACUUUGUACCAGUCAUCUAUAGACAGACUCCCUCGUGGGGUUCGUCACAGGGACAGCAACUGCAGCUGGCUGGGUCGGAGCCCCCACCACGACAUCUCUCCAAAAACAGCCAGAUCUCACAGUCCGUCCAUCACUUUCAGCGAGUCCUCACACAGCCUGAGCCACAGGAAAGCCAAGAGUUUGGGUCCUGAGUUUGCCAGAAUGCCAGAUGAACAACAAAUUGUUCUCGAGCUCCCAGGAUCAAUUGUGACCAGAAAAGGGCGCUCGUGUGUGUCUUUAAGAGAAGUGACUGUAGUGCUGCCUAACGGACAUUACGUGAUGGUCCGCUGUGACACUAAGUCCAGGGCGAGGGAUGUGUUUGACAUGGUGGUGGCUCAUGCAAACUUGGUGGAACACUUCUACUUUGGUCUUGCCUUCCUAGAUGAUGAUGAAUAUUUCUUUUUGGACCAUGAGACUAAAAUCUCCAAAGUAGCUCCAGACAGUUGGAAAAAAGGGCAAAUGGCCUCCUUUGUGGUGUUUCUUCGAGUCAAAUUUUUUGUCGAUGACACGUCCUAUAUUUUGCACAAACUGACUUGUCACCAGUACUACUUACAGCUGCGUAAGGACAUCUUGGAAGACAGGCUUUACUGUAACGAGGAGACAGGCCUGUUCCUGGCUGCUGUUGCUCUGCAGGCUGAGUUUGGGGAUUACAUGCCAGAGUUGUACGGGAAGAAUUAUUACCAACCAGAACACUACGUGUCCAAGAGGAUGUUGGAGAAGCUGGCUCUGCCGAGCAUCAAGGAGGAGCUGCCAAGACUCCACGCCAGCCAUGCACAGAUGUUGCCUGAAGAGGCAGAAACUGAGUACCUAAAGAUUGCCCAGCAGUUACCAGAGUAUGGGGUUAUGUUCCAUCGUGUGGGAAGAGAGAAACAGCCAGUGAUUGGAGAGCUGGUUUUAGGAAUCUGUGCCAAAGGAAUCAUUGUAUACGAGAUGAAAAACCACAUCCGUACCGUCACCAGACGCUUCCUCUGGAGAGAAACCGACUCCAUCUCCACCGGGCGGCGUAAACUGAUUAUAGAGUGUGGGGGACCCAGCGGAAAGAAGCACUGCUUUAUAACUGAAAGUUCAAAAAUUGCACAAUACCUCCUCAACCUCUGCUCUGCACAGCACAAGUUCCACAGCGAGAUGACAUCAAGACAACUUAACCACAGCAUGGUGCCCGAUGAACACAUAGACAAGUACAUGUCUGUUUACCGGGCUCAUAACUUAAACCUGAAGCACAUAUCCUGCUCUGAGGGAAUGUUAAACCACGUAGGCUUGUCCCCUCGUCGACAAGACUCCCUUUCCAAAUCCUGUGAUGAUCUGACAGCCAAGCUGGAGGCGCGGCUUCGCCACCAGAGAGAGAUGAGGGAGCUGAGCAGAGAGCUAAACAAGGAGCUCACCGGAACAGGAGACUCCAGAGACUUGAAGGAGCGACAGUGCUGGAGCACUGCAGAGUGUAUUCCCAGAAUGAUGUCCAGCGUCUCCCUGCAGAAGCAGGAUUCAGAAGCCUCAUCAUCCAUACGAGACACACCAACCAGGACUCCGCCAGAGAGAGAGAUAGUCUGCGUGACCCUGAAGAAAGAUCCCAAACUGGGCUUCGGUUUUGUGAUUGUGGGAGAGGACAAUACAGGUAAACUUGACCUGGGCAUCUUCAUAGCUUCUAUUGUACCUGAUGGGCCUGCAGACAAAGAUGGACGAAUCAAACCUGGUGGGCGUCUCAUCUCUCUCAACAAGACCAGUUUGGAAGGGGUGACAUUCAAUGACGCUGCUGCCAUCUUACAGACCAGCCCUGAAGAGGUGGAGCUAAUUGUGUCCCAACCUAAAUACUCUCUGAAGGACAGCAAGAGCUCCCUGAGUCAGAGUACUCUCGGUUUGGUGCUAAACAGAGGUUUUGGCUCACAGACUACCCUGAAUGGCACGGAAUACCGUCCUGCCAUGGAGGAGAUGGACGACUCCAACAGUCUGUCCAAUGGGGCAACCCCCAAACACAACAGCAGGCUGCACAUACCUGUUGUCAGAAUACAGGACGUACAGGAUGCAUGCCACAGGUCCCCCUCUGUUUUAAGUCUAAAAACAAAUGAGCGGUUUAUGGUGGAGUUGAAGAAGAGUAAUGGGAGCCUCGGCAUCAGUGUUGCUGGAGGACUAAACAGCAGUGUUCGGCAUGGAGGCCUCUACAUCAAGAGAGUGGUACCUGGUGGUGCUGCCCAGCAGGACGGGCGCAUUCAGACUGGUGACAGACUGCUGGAGGUUGAUGGGUCCAACCUCAGGGGAGUGACGCACCAACAAGCUGUCGAGUGCCUAAAGAGAACUGGGGAGGUGGUGAAUCUACUGUUGGAAAGGGAGCCCAGAGUGAUCUUAGAGCCAAGACCUGACUCACCCUGCCCCCAUUCUGCACAUAGUUCAUCACACAUGCAGCCCCCCAGGACUGAAGUCUCCAUGGAAACAACCUUGAGUGAUGGUGCAAAGGACUACAGCUUUGUGAAUGAUGAAAACACUCAUGAAGUGGUACUGAAGAAGAGUUUAUCUGGCCUGGGCUUCAGCUUUUACAUCUCCCACCUGCACUCUGGGCCGGACCAAGGCAGCGUCGUCCGCAUCAAACGUCUGUUUCCGGGGCAGCCAGCACUAGAGAGCGGCCUGUUGCGAGAGGGAGAUGUCAUUCUUUCGGUCAAUAAAGAGCCUGUGAAGGACCUCUCCUACCAGAGAGUUUUGUUCAUGUUGCGUGGCGCUCCAUCCGAAGUUCAUCUGCUGAUUUGCCGACCAGCUCCUGGAGUAUUUUCUGAUGUCGAUGCCAACACGCUGAGUCCUGUACCUAUCCGCGAGGUUCGGUCUCGGUCUCUGGAUAUCCGAUUAGGAGAGGAUUACAGCACACUCCUUAAGGUCCAGUGUGACGGCAACACCAUCUGUCAGACACAGCCCCCCACCCAAGAUCAGAUUAACAGAACAGAGAAAAACUCAGAACCUGCUACAGCUCCAGUAUUCAUGGAGGGUCAGCAGGAUGUUGAUGAAGUACCAAACAGUCAGGCUCCUCCGUCUCCACCUUGCUCGUCCCUAUCGCCCACCUCUCCUGCUUCACCUCAGUCACCAGCCUCACCAGCCUCGCCAGCCUCACCUGCUUCACGACCAUGUGGCUGUUCACCAGCUCCAGCACAGUCACAGCCAGGGACUGUGGAUGCAGAAGCACAACAGGAAGAUAAAGUAACAGAAGAGAGGCAGGAUGGAGCUCAGGAGGUUCCAGCAACAUCAACUUCAGGUGUGGUCCUUAUGGAUGUCUGUACGAAGACUGCUCCAAAUUCUGUCUACACCAGUGGAGUCAGGGAGGAGACGGAUGUAAGUGUGAGCUACUGCCUGAUGGAGAAUGGCCUAACUAUCACAGCAGAUGGGGAGUACCUCACCAUUAGCUCCACCCUGGAGACACAACCUUGCCUUCCCUCCAUUACUCAUAAUCAGAUCCCAGCAACCAACCUUAAAACCUCUCAAAGCUUCAACAUCUCUUCUGUUUCCUCCAGUUCCAGCACUCAAAAUCCAAACCAUCUCUCUCACAUCCCCACAAGCAGCAUCUUGCCCCUCAGCCUGUCAUCUGACACCCUGACUACUUGCAUCCUGCACCCAUCUCAGCCGCUCACAACUCAGCCACCAAAAGCUAACCCCCACCCGAUCCAGCAAGGUCUACUUCCAAGUCACUACAAAGCGUUCUCCAUGAACAGCCAGCCUAUGGUGCCUCCCUCACCACCUCCUGCUGCACCACUGACUCCCAUCACAGCCCAGAUCAUCUCCUCUGUGCUCCCCUGUGCCAGUCCUCCAGUCCCAAAUCUAGAACCUGCAGGCCUCGCUUCACCUGUACAGAGCCAUGAACAACUAAGAGAAGAACCAGAGACAAAUGAAAAGGAAUACAAGCCAAAUGAAGAUGACGAUGAAGAAGACGAUGAGGAGGAAGAAAGUCGUAGAAAGGGUUUGGUGAAAGAAUUCGAGCUGACAGUGGUUUUGACCAAGUCCCGCAGCAAAAGUUUUGGGUUCACCAUAACUCGGAGCAAGCUAGACAACUGCUACUACAUACAGGAAAUCCUGGAGAACCCGGCCAAGGCAGACGGAAGACUCAGAGCAGGAGACAGGCUCAUCACGGUUAACGGUCAUAAUGUUACCAAUGUGGCAGACGACUUUGCCAUGACGAUUCUGAGGUCAUCUCCCAGAAGACUGAGCAUGACUCUGGGGAGGGCAGUUACCAAUCUGGUGGCUCCUCCUCCAUGUGACAGCCUCCCUGAUGUUGUUCUGCACAAGACAUCAUCAGGACAGCUCGGUAUAAAGCUGACAGGCGGCAUUGGCAGCAAAUGGCAGGGCAUUUACUGUCUGGAGGUGGUACCAGGUUCUCCAGCCAGUGAGGAAGGCAGUGUCAAACCUAAUGACAAGAUCCUGUACAUCUGUGGCCGGUGCACCUUGGGAAUGACCCUGGAGGACGCGGUCAAAGCGUGUGAGAUCGCACCUCGUAAAGUGAAGCUUAAAAUCAUCAGAGAAGACCAACCGGUGACACCCAGAGCGAAAUGGAACGGUUUCUUUGACUGGAAGAAGGAUAAGAAGUUCUUUGCUCGAUUUGAAGACCCAGUCUCUCCAGAGAAAGACUCUCCUCCUCCUGAAGACGCUGAAGCUGUGUAUCGGUCUGCUGAUAGAUUCAGAUGUCUCUCUCUCACCCAAGAGCAGGAUAGCUGCGUCAUGCAAGUGGAGUUUAAGAAGCCAGAGGGAGGAGGCCUUGGAUUUGCUUUGAUUGGGGGAACCAACGGCAGCAUGCUCAGAGUGAAGAAAAUCUGCUUGGGGGGAGUAGCAGAGCAGGAUGGUCGUCUGAGAGUGGGAGAUAUUCUGUUAGAGGUGAACGGUGUCACUGUGUCUGGCCUGAGCCACGGUAAGGUGGUGGACAUCCUGCGUAAAGCUGAAGGCACCGUACAGCUCACCAUCUGCAGAGCAGCUACCCCCCUGUCCUACUCCGAAUUACCCACACUGCCCAACAUGUCUGCUCAAAGUGGAGAUAUUCUGGCCAAACAGCCGGCUCCCGCUUCCAGCUCUGACGCCACUUCCUCACCUGACGUCAUGCUGAAUAAACCAGUACGGUGCCCGCCUGAGGCGACUUCAGAUGCUGUGAUUCACGAAGAAAGCGUGCACCUCACCUCAGCUCCGCAUCGUUUGCACCAACUCGCUGUUGUAACAGAUGAGUCUGCAAUUGAGCAGGAGAGCCCUAACAGCACCCCCUCUCAUCAAGCUUGCUGCCCAUCCCUCAGUGUCACUGACAUGUUGCAUGGAGCAUCUGAAAGGAAACAUAUUGUGACCAAACUGUUGGACCGAUCCUGCAAAGAAGGCCAGAGGAACCAGUCAGAUGGCUGGAGCAGUGAAGAUGACGAUGUAUUCGACAUCACGCGUGGAGAAACAGCCUCACCUCCAUCAGGACCACCCAUCGUGUCAGAAGAGGAACUGGACAGGUUAGCUGUCAUUAGUCCUGCUACCACCAGCCAGUAUUCAGGCUCCAGGGUCAAAGCCCUUAUCCAGAUCCUGCAGCAUCAACUGGAUCAGCAGGAGCUGCUCAAAGAGUUUAUGGCUCUGGAGCACCUUAAACCUUCUGACAACUGCAUGGUGGGAAAAGCCCCUGAGAACAGAGACAAGAACCGCUACAGAGACAUCCUUCCCUAUGACAAAACCCGUGUUACCAUCGGAGAGAAGCAAGACUACAUAAACGCCAGCUACAUCCACAUGCAGGUUGGCACCGAAGAGUACGUUUACAUCUCCUGCCAAGGCCCUUUGCCAUCCACAGUGCCGGACUUCUGGCAGAUGAUCUGGGAGAACAAAUCGGGCGUUAUUGGCAUGAUGACGCAGGAAGUAGAACGUGGAAGGAUCAAAUGUCACAAGUACUGGCCAGAAGAGCCAGGCGUGCCUCUGGAGACCAGCAGGUACCAGCUUCACCUUGAGAACCAACAGUACCUUGAAUACUUCCAAAUAAAGAUCAUUCGAAUGGUGGAGAUGGAGAGCGGGGAGACCCACUUUGUCCAUCACCUGAAGUUCACGCUUUGGCCCGACCAUGGUGUGCCCCAGUGCUCCGAGCACCUGGUCCGCUUUAUCCGUUACCUAAGGGCGGUGCAGCACAAGGGGCCGAUCACCAUUCAUUGCAGUGCUGGCAUUGGACGCACAGGAGUUUUCAUCUGCACCGACAUCAUUCUUAGCCUCAUUGAGAAGGAUUUACCUAUUAAUGUCAGUGACAUAGUAAGGGAGAUGCGAAUUCAGCGACAUGGCAUGAUUCAAACCAAGGAACAGUACCUGUUCUGCUACAAAGUCUGGUUGGAGGUUUUACAAGGGAUUUUACAGCUUCAAGGUAACCAGUGGCAGCCAGAAAAUCUCAGAGACCACAAAUUGGUUUUAAAUUCAUCUGUAAAGACUGUGUAGGACCAUGUGAAGUCCAUCACAGCAUUGGUAAUACCUUCUUCUUCUUUGGCUCUACUCGGUCAGCUAUAAUGUGAAAUUUUUAAUUAUCUUCUGUUCUAUUGUGUGUUUAAGAUAUUUUAAUGUGGUCUCAGUGGAUACAUCUGU